AAGGGAAGAGACGGAGCGCGAGGGAGAGCGUGUGCGCGCCCCUCCCUCCUACCCCGCCGUCACCACUCCCUCCCAUCCCACUGCCACCUCUCACCCCGUCGUCGCCUCUCACUCCCACCUCCCUGUCGCCUCUCCCUCCCACCCCGCCAUCGCCACUACCUCCCAUCCCGCUGCCGCCUCUUCUCCCAUCCCGCCGCGGCCACUCCCUCCUAUUUCGCCGCUGCCUCUCCCUUCUCCCCGCCAUCGCCACUUCUUCCAUCCCCGCCGUCGCCUCUGCUUCCCUCCCCACCAUCGCCUCUCCUUCCCUCUCCGCCGUCGCCUCUCCUUCCCUCUCCGCCGUCGCCUCUCCUUCCCUCCCCGCCGUCGCCUCUCCUUCCCUCCCCGCCGUCGCCUCUCCUUCCCUCCCGCCGUCGCCCCUCCUUCCCUCCCCGCUGUCGCCUCUCCUUCCCUCUCUGCCGUCGCCUCUCCUUCCCUCUCCGCUGUCGCCUCUCCUUCCCUCCCCACCGUCGCCUCUCCUUCCCUCCCCGCCAUCGCCUCUCCUUCCCUCUCCGCCGUCGCCUCUCCAUCCCUCCCCGCCGUCGCCUCUCCUUCCCUCCCUGCCGUCGUCUCCGGCGACAAGUGCACGAGCGCAAGCGUGAGUUGGUUCGCGAGCACGGGUCAGUGCGCGAGCGCGGGUCAGUGCGCGAGGGCGGGUUGGUCCGCGAGCGCGGAUUUUUCUCUGAGGCACCGUCAUUAUCAGAGGUUGACGAUAGAUUCAACUAGCGCCAUGGCGUCGUGGCAGCUUUCCGUUCUCACCCUCUGCUCGCUCGCGUCACUGCUGACGCCUGCUGCGGCGCGGCCUACCAAGGAGGACUUCAUUGACGAAUUGAAGAAGACCCGCGACGCGCUUGAGGAUUCCAAGCUGAACGGCCGAUAUUCCGCCACCCACACGCUCCUUAACCACGUCAUCCCUCAACUGGAGACCGACUGGAACCCGAAUGAAGAUUUCCUCAACAAAGUGGACCACAAAACUUUCAUGCUGCCCGAGGACCGCGCCAUUGCUUCCUCCGCCCCUGACGCGCUCGCCAUGAUGGUGAAAACCGGCUUGAAGCGCGGCGACGUCGACCCCUUCACCAAGCUCUUUCGCGCUCAGAUGCUCGACGCCGUGUAUGAGGAGGACGACCUCGCGAAGGCGUCGGAGGACGUGAAUGGCCGCAGCGUUGGUACGGAUCAGAUUGUGGACGCGACGACUAAGUCGAAGAAGGUGGCGAUUGGAAAGGGCAAGGCUAAGGUUAAGAAUGCUGGGAUUUUCAGGGAAAGAUUUCUUACCAUCCAUGGCGUCGACGCGUCGCAGCCGGAAGAGUAA